AUGUCAGAACCUUCGUCUGCGGCCGCCAAGGCCCAGGCAGAGGCCUUCCCGGACGGGACGACGGAGUACAAGCCUCUCCGGAAGGCCAAUUACGCCCUCGACAAAGUUCACAUCUCCGACACGCCCAUGACCUUGUCGAACUGGCACAAGCACGUCGACUGGCUGAACACGACCUUUAUCAUCUUCAUCCCCAUGAUUGGCUUCAUCUCCGCCUACUGGAUCCCUCUUCAGUUCUACACGGCCAUCUUCUCCGUCAUCUAUUACUUCAACACCGGUCUCGGCAUCACCGCCGGCUACCAUCGCCUCUGGGCUCACACGUCGUACAAGGCCACGACGCCCCUCAAGAUCUACCUCGCCGCCGUCGGCGCCGGCGCCGUCGAGGGCUCCAUCCGCUGGUGGUCCAAGGAGCACCGCGCCCACCACCGUUACACCGACACGGUCAAGGAUCCCUACUCGGUCCGCAAGGGACUCCUCUACUCGCACAUCGGCUGGAUGGUCUUCAAGCAGAACCCCAAGCGCAAGGGCCGCACCGACAUCACGGACCUCAACGAGGACCCCAUCGUCGUCUGGCAGCACCGCAACUACCUCAAGUCGGUCAUCUCCAUGGCCCUCGUCUUCCCCACGCUCGUCUGCGGUCUCGGCUGGGGCGACUGGCUCGGCGGCUUCAUCUACGGCGGCAUCCUGCGCAUCUGCUUCGUCCAGCAGGCCACGUUCUGCGUCAACUCGCUCGCCCACUGGCUCGGCGACCAGCCCUUUGACGACCGCAACUCGCCCCGCGACCACGUCAUCACGGCCCUCGUCACCCUCGGCGAGGGCUACCACAACUUCCACCACGAGUUCCCUUCGGACUUCCGAAACGCCAUUGAGUGGUGGCAGUACGACCCGACCAAGUGGAUGAUCUGCCUCUGGAAGUACACGGGCUUGGCCUAUGACCUCAAGCAGUUCCGUGCCAACGAGAUCGAGAAGGGCCGCGUCCAGCAGAUGCAGAAGAAGCUCGACCAGAAGCGCUCCACGCUCGACUGGGGAACCCCUCUCGAGCAGCUUCCCGUCAUCAGCUGGGACGACUUCGUCGACGACGCCAAGAACAAGGGCAAGGCCCUCAUCGCCAUCGCCGGUGUCAUCCACGACGUGGGCGACUUCAUCAAGGACCACCCCGGCGGCAAGGCCCUCAUCACGUCGGCCAUCGGCAAGGACGCCACGGCCAUCUUCAACGGCGGCGUCUACAACCACUCCAACGCCGCCCACAACCUGCUCUCGACGAUGCGCGUCGGCGUCCUCCGAGGCGGCUGCGAGGUGGAGAUUUGGAAGCGCGCCCAGUUCGAGAACAAGGACGUCACCUACACCAACGACUCGUCCGGCCAGCGCAUCGUCCGCGCCGGCGCCCAGGUCACCAAGCUCGUCCAGCCUGGUGCGAGCGCCGAUGCGGCGUAG